AUGCACCCUGUUGUUAAUGCAAGGAUGUGGAUGCAGUAUGCAGCUGUGAUGGGGAUCAAAAAAGACUUGAAACUCGCCGGUAAUGAGUUCUCCAAUGUUGCCACUUGGGUCUUCAUUGCCUACCUGAUCGCAGAAGUACCGAAUGUACCCCCUGCCAAAUGGCUCGGUGGAAAUGUUUUCCUUUGGGGAGUUGCAGCUGCCGCCUCCUCUGGCGCCCGAGGCUAUCAGAGUCUGCUGGCAGCUAGAAUUUUCCUUGGUAUUUUUGAAGCUACAGUGGGACCAUCCUUGAUGCUUAUUAGCAGCCAGUACUACACCAAAAGCGAACAAGCUCCAAGGUUCACUGUAUGGUACAUGGGCCUUGGUGUGGCCCAAAUCGUUGGAGGUCUCACAUCGUUUGGGUUCCAGCAUGUACAUCAUGCCUCACUAGAAGGUUGGCGGAUUAUGUUUCUUGUUCUUGGGCUGGUGACAGCCGUUGUCGGCGGUCUCACAUUUUUCUUCAUCCCCGAUACCCCGAUGAAGGCACCCUGGCUAUCUGAUAGCGAAAAAGUGGCCCUCAUUCAACAUGUCAGCCAGAACCAGACUGGAGUAUGGAGCACAACUUUGAAGGUGAAACAAAUAUGGGAGGCUGUGCUCGAUCUUCAGCUAUGGCUCCUGACUGUGAUCACAAUUUUGAUCUCCGUGUCAAGUGGUGUGGUAACAACGUAUUCAUCAACUCUGAUUGCCGGAUUUGGUUUCUCGGGUCCCAUCUCAGCGCUUCUCAAUACCCCCGGGGGUGUCGUUAGUAUUUUUUUCACACUUCUCGUCGGGUUUGGUAUCCGGCAAACGUCCAAUCGUUGGGCUUGGAAUGUGCUCUGUACCAUCCCGGGAAUCAUCGGUGGCGCAUUAUUAUCCUUCUUGCCCAAAAGCAACAAAGCCGGUGUCCUGAUCGGUAUUUAUCUGGUCAAUUCAAUCGUAGCUACUCUUCCGAUUUUAUACCAGUGGACCAUGGCCAACUGUGCUGGACAUACCAAGCGGGCAUUUUCUAGCGCGCUUAUCGCUGGAUCUUUCUCGAUCGGAAACAUCAUUGGCCCACAGACAUUCCAGGCACGCGAUGCACCUGAAUACCGACCGGCCAAGAUUGCUGUUCUUGCCACCCAGGCUGCUGCGGCUGUACUAUCUGUGGUGCUCUUCGUCUACUACAGGUGGCAAAACCGCCAAAGAGACCAGAAAAAGGGCGCCGAGGAGAACAGCUUCGAUGACACAAAGUGGGCUGGGCUCACUGAUAGGGAGAAUCCUUCUUUCCGUUAUGUCUACUGA